CAAUGGUGACACUGCAGGGGGCCAGCGCCAUGUAAACUGCCCGCCUGGUCUCAUCCUCGUAAUAGACAAUGGGCUCUCUUUUGGUUGAUUACUCGGUUCAUGUUGAAGUAUGAAAUGCAGAGGAAUCGACAGCCGGCCAUGUUGUCGACGUGGCCGUGGCUGUAGCCGACAGAGAGGUCCCCAGCUGGUGACGUGUCUGUGGACGUCAACGCCGAGCCGAGGGCUGGGCAGGACGAGGAACUCGAAGCUCGAGGUUCAGGGAGGGACCGAUCGAAUCUGGCUGGGUUCUGGACUCUCUGGAGGCUUUGAUAUGUGCUGAUUUGAGUGUUGGAGUAGGGCCCGUCCCGCCCCGUCGAGCCUCGAGUGUGGAUUGGGUACGGAACUGACCGUAUCUCGACUUCAAGCACCAUUGGCGCCACAAACAACGGUGAGCUUCACUCGCAUAUCUGUCUAUCUAUCUAUAAAUCGAGGUGCUUCAAUGUCGUGUUGGUUUUCGCGCAGUACCUUCGGAUGCUGUGGGACUUUCUGCCUGACGCUCGCAGGUUUCUCACCCCUUCACACAAUUGUGAAGCUCUAGGGAGCUCUCGGGAGUUGCCAGCGCAAUUCGGAUGAGGAUCUGAAAGUGUGGCUGUCCAGUUCGUGUAAGACAAAAAUUUAAAAAAAAAAGGUGCAUAAAUUGAUUCGUCUGUCUGUUUCGUAGAUUUUUGCGAGUUCACUCCACGGUGUAGAUUUGCACAAUGGAUAAAAUAGCACAGCAGCUGAUGAUGUCCAGGCCGAGGACGAAGCAGACCAAGGCAUUUACAGAGGACGAGAUGGAGGAAGAGAUACCGUCACCUGAAAUAGCUAUCGCUUGUAUUUUGCCGAAACCUCUGGAUCUUAAGAGCACUGAGUAUGAUCCACAACAAAGUAAUGCAAUCGAGUAUCUUAAGAAGGAAUUACUGGCUCAGGGUUUGAUUGUCCAACUUUCAGAUGGAGUACUCACGGAAGUAUUCCUCACGGUUGCUGCCCCAUUGGAAGUUGUCGGUCGUGCGGCCGAAAGGUUGCAGAUACGAAAGCCUACAGAAAUAGGACUGGAAGUUGUCUUUGAUUGGGAACGAAGGCAUUCUUUUCUACGGCAGCCAGUUGAUAAUAGCCUCUUCAGCUGGACUGAGCGGUAUCAUUGCAUGAACCUUAUAAUUUCAGGACUGACUUGUUCUGCAGAUAAACCUCUCACGUUCCAUCGACCCGAUCAGAGUGGAGAAUUUCAGGUGUUACCUGGAGAGUUGAUACUACCUAAAUUGAAGAUGGCAGGAGUUGUUAAGGAAAUGUUUCCAUUGCAUGUUGAGAACAAGCGAAAGGAGCUUAUGAAAAAAUGGCCUUAUAGAUGGCUCUCUCUAUGGUCUCAACCAAUAGAUGAAGUCUAUGCGUACUUCGGAGCAAAGGUGGCCAUCUAUUUCGCUUUCCUUGGUAUGUACACAAAAUGGCUUAUGUUCCCUGCGUCCUUGGGAGCACUUCUUUGGUUCAGGCGCUUGGGGACUUUCGCAUCCGCUGUACCGAUUAUAUUUUCGAUGGUUGUGAUCAUCUGGGCAGUUCUGUUUCUACAAUUUUGGAAGCGCGAAAAUGCAGGAUUAUUGUCAAGAUGGGGAAUGAUUGUGGAGGAUUCCGAUGUACGGGCUAUGAGAGCAACCAGCGCCUCCGAGGAACAACCAAAGUUCUCAGGUCUGAAUGAUAAAACAGAUGAUGUGUUCACGUCGGAGGCUGAAGCUGAUAGGCUGGAGAAGGAGGAAUGGAUGGGACGGCUAAGAAGCGUUAGAAACAAUGGCCUCGUUUUCUUAGCCGUAGUCUGUGUACAACUACCUUUUGAGUUGACCUACGCCCAUCUGAACAAGAUUGCUCCUUAUGAUAUCUUUAGGUAUAUCCUCACAGGAAUGUAUCUAUUUAUAAUGCAAUAUGCGACAAAGUUUGGAGGUACUAUUGCUCUACAUCUUGUAAAGACACAAAAGUAUCGCAGUAAAGAGGCUGAAGCGGAUGGUCUGAUAUAUAAGGUCUUUGGGAUAUAUUUCAUGCAGUCAUACAUUGGUUUGUUUUACCAUGCUCUUUUCCAUCGAGAUUUUUUUGUUCUGCGACAACUUCUGAUUCAGAGGCUUAUUGUGUCACAGCUCAUGAACAACUUCACCGAGAAUCUUCUGCCUUAUCUCAACUAUCGUUACGCUAAAUUCAAAUCAGUGAAAGAGGAUAAUGAGAUAAAGAAAGCUGCUGGAGAGAAAUAUGUGAAACAUCAUGCGUCAAGGAUUGAGAAACAGAAGUUGAAGCCCACGUAUGUGUCAAGCAUUCCAAGUGACCUGGAGGAUGGACUCUUUGAUGAUUAUUUGGAGCUGGCUCUUCAGUUUGGCAUGGUCACCAUGUUCGCGUGCGCCCUUCCGUUGGUGGCAACUUUUGCUUUCAUAAAUAAUUUGAUGGAAAUUCGCUCAGAUUCUUUCAAGCUUUUGGCUCUGAUGAGACGACCGGUACCUCGUGCAGCUUCAUCCGUCGGUGCUUGGCUCAUGAUAUUCCAACACAUGGGUGUAGCUGCAAUUGUCACCAACUGUGCUCUUCUAGUCUGCCUGUACGAUGAAGUUGGUGACUGGUCAGUGGAGCCUGGUCUUGCUGCAAUUCUGAUCUUGGAGCAUGUGCUCCUCUUGAUUAAGGUUGGGUUUUCCUGGUUUGUACCGGAGGAGCCAGCAUGGGUGAAAGCCAAGAGAAUGAAACGUAUACACGUACAAAGUCUCGUGUCAAGACAACUCCUGAGUUUGUUAGAGAAAACCAGAUCUGACUAAAAGCUUGACAGGCGCUUUUAUGUAGAUAUCCGUGUGAAUAUGUCAAGUAAUUGAGCAGAGGACGUUCGAAAAUAGGACAUGUCCUGGAGGUCUGUCAGAAUUGACCCGUGCCCAUGCCAAAUGAGUAGAGAUUGUUUUUCAGAGACGGGUUUCCGAUUGAUCCUUCAGGCGUGAUUUGUAAUUUGCUGCUGCGAAUGUAGAGUGUUUGUUCGGUAGGCCAGGAUCGCUCGCACAGCAGAAAUAUGUUCGUUACGUGUUGAGUUUUUCACAUUGGAACUUGGUGCAUAGGUGAGCAGUGUUCAGAUGUCCGGAACUGCUUAUACUCUUGAAGGGCGUUGUAACUGUAAGAGUUUGUAAGUUGGUAUUAUUCUUCUGUGAUGCUUUUGAACAGAAUCAUCUACAUAAAGAUUUUGUCCACCUG